UACUGUUUGCCACCAUGACAAAAUAUAUAGGUAUGUCAGCAAUUUUGUGAUACGCAUAUCCACGGGAAGUACCUCCCCCCCAAAUUUUUACCGUGUGUUACGUUCUCCGUCUCUGAUUGGCUGUACGUAUCAUACCAUACGAGCGGAGAACCUAACACACAGGAAAAAGUGGUGAUGCGCAGACUAGAUUAAAAUUCGUAUUGUUCCUGACAUACCUAUAUAUUUUGUCAUGGUUGCCACUCGGCACUCGUGCGCUCGUCAGUCUCAGUCGACCGUCAACGUUCAACAGUCAAUAUUUCAGCGGCAUCAAAUUCGCAACGUGCGACGCCGCCGGAAAACAAUAAUUUAUAAUAUUGUCGUCAUUGCAACAAUAAAUCCGUUUUCGGCGGCAGCGGUGAUCGAAGAGGAGUGACAUAAAUGCAAGCAGAAUAGCAAAAAAAAAUCUCCUGGGAAAAAACUUGUCGACGGACGCACUUUUGAUUCCGUUCCACAAAUUCGAUUGCGACGGGGUUUCGUUGUUGCUCCGUCAGCGCAUUUGUAUGUAUGUAAUAUUCGAAUAAAGGAACGGGUAACAAAAAAAAAAAAAAAAACACCACAUACCCGUAACCUGUACCUAGCUGCAUUGUAGUAUAUAUCCAAAGGUCAGUUUACUUCAGACAUGUCUAGCGCUAAACACGGUUUGAGGUGCGACCCUUAAGCCCUUAACCACACACGUUAUAUGCAUAGUACGAACCAAUAGCGUCAAACUGUUCUACUAGAUAUCCUUCACUUGACGACGAGUAAACGAUGUUGACACUGUUCAGCAACGCCUACAACUAUACUGCAUCAAUUACGGUCGGCUAUAUUGGGGUGGAUGUUGAUUUAUGGCUUUGGAUGACAUGGCUGCUUUGGCCACUCAUUGUUACAUUCCUGUUGCCGCUCACCAUCGUACUAUUAUUUUACAUAACUGGUGUUAUACUCUACGUCUAUAAACUUCACAGAGAAAGACUUAUAAAUGCAUAUGAAAAUAAUUUUUGGGAUGGUGCAUUGAAAACUGUAGCUGCAUUAUGGGAUGCCCAUGGUUGGAUUUGGCAUGGAUACGAAGUAAAUGGCAUUGAAAAUGUACCUAUUGACAGUCCAGCUUUAUUAGUGUAUUAUCAUGGUGCUAUUCCUAUUGAUUUAUAUUACAUGAUUUCUAGAAUAUAUUUGAUCAAAGCAAAAUUAGUUCAUACUGUAGCUGAUCAUUUUCUAUUUAAAUUACCAGGUUGGUCAAUUAUAUCCGAACCAUUAAAAGUAAUACCUGGUACUGUACAAACUUGUUCAGACAUACUAAAAGAAAAUAAUCUUUUAGCAAUUUCGCCUGGUGGUGUUUAUGAAGCUCAAUUUGGUGAUAGGUAUUACAGACUUAUGUGGAAAAAACGAUUUGGUUUUGCUAAAGUAGCUAUAGAUGCUAAAGUACCUAUUAUUCCAAUAUUCACACAAAAUAUUCGUGAAGCUUUUCGUUGUAUUGGUAUUGGUCGUCGAUUCUGGUUGCGUAUAUAUUUAUGGACCAGGUUGCCUAUAGUACCAAUAUAUGGAGGGUUUCCUGUCAAACUAAGAACUCACAUUGGUAAACCAAUCCCAUAUGAUCCAAAUCUAUCAGCUGAAGAUUUACAAAAAAAGGUGGCAAGUGCAAUAGAAGAAUUGAUAUUUCAACACCAAAAAGUGCCUGGCAAUAUACUAAGAGCUCUCUGUGAACGUGUUUAUAACCCUUUAGGCUGUAGUAAGAAGAAAACAUGACAUUACGCUUUACUUACUAGUGAUGGGAAAGUUUAAACUAAUUAUCCCAGUAUUUAGACUGUGUUGUGGUACAUUGUAAUUUAUAACAAAUUGUAACCGACUUCUCUAUAGCUUAAUUUAAUUUAUAAGAUCUUAAUUUAUUUUAAGUAUUUAUAAGUAAUGUAUAUAAUAUUAGUUUAUAGUUAAUUUAUAACGAUCUAUAAAAUUUAUGAUUAUUGAUUUUAUAUUUUUAUUUGGAUAGGUACUUAAUUAAUUUUAAAAUAAGUGGUUAAUUAAUGAAAUCUUGUUAUUUAUUAAUGGCUACAUACCAUAAAUUUAAAAAAAAAAUAAGGGAAAAUAUUGUUAUCAGUCGUAUAAACAAAUGUAUAUAUAUAUAUAUUAUAUAUAUAUAUAUAUAUUAUUAAUUCAUAUUGUUUAUCCAUAAUUUACUUAAAUUUAUUUGGAGUAAAAGCAUAUUAACUUUAAAAUGGUAUUGGCAUGUAGCUGUGAUUAUUUUAUAAUAUACACUGAGACUUGAUAUAGUUAUUGCUUUUGGUAUAUGAUAAUUUGUUAUCUGAAUUUUGUGUUCAAUUAUUAAUAUUUAUGUGAUAUGGAAAUGUUUACAUAUUAUUUAAAAAAAAAAAACAUUGAUGGUUAUGAUAAAUUUGAUUCCCAUUUAUUGUAAUUUUGCUGUCCACUUUUUUUUUUUACCAAAACAAUGUGCUAAUGAAGAAAUUAUUUUAUAAUUUAUUUAAAACUACUUUGUGAUAUAUUUUUUAAUAUUUAUUAUUAUGUAUUUGACAUUUUGUGUUUAGAUUGUUUAUAGAUUCUGAUAUUUAUUUUUAUGUUAUUAUAUUUAAAAUUAAUUUUGUUGUAAAAUAUUA